AUGUCUUCUGUCUGGGGUCUCAUUGAGAUUACCCCAAGCUCUUUGCCAUCAGUCAUUUCUCAGGCAGAGGACAACACAUCUUCAGCAGUGCGGUGGUGUAUCCGGGAAGCAAACCACCACGCGUGGAGAGGGAAGGAAGAUGUGUAUGGCAGGGUGACUCCAGGUAGCAAAGCUGCAAUAGCCAACUUGUGUAUAGGAGACCAGAUCAUAGCCAUCGAUGGGGUGAACACAGACAACAUGACGCACCUUGAGGCGCAGAACAAAAUCAAGGGGUGUGGAGAUGAACUGACUCUGACGGUCAACAGAACAGAGACAAAAGUCUGGUCACCACUUGUAAAUGAGGAGGGAAAGACGCAUCCGUACAAGAUGAAUCUGGCCUCUCAGCCGCAGCAGAGACCGACGCAGUUUCCACGUGCGUUCAGCAUGACAUACCAGCCCGCUGGUCUGAACAGCUGCCCAUCGCCGCUGAGCCCGAUGCAGGCUCCCAUCGCCUCCGUCUAUAACCCCCUGCAGACCCAGCCCUCCGAGCUGCCCCAGCGGAGGCACAGCACCCCCUCCGUCCCCAGCCAAGUCCGAGUGGGGCCCGAGCAGCUGAAACAGGCAGCCCAGGUCUGCCCCAAGAGCCCCGUGGAAGUGGAGGUGCCGGGACUCAAGGUGCUGCACGUGCAGUUCAAUUCUCCCCUCCAGCUCUAUUCGCAGAGCAACAUCAUGGAUUCCCUGCAGGGACAGAUCUCUUCCGUUAGCCCCGAUUUCCCCAGUUUAGAUCAGCACAACCAGCCCCCGGGCGGCAUCGUCAUAGACAGAGAAUCUGAGGUUUACAAGAUGCUCCAGGAGAAUCAGGAGUCAAACGAACCACCCAGACAAUCUGCUUCCUUCCUCGUCUUGCAAGAGAUUUUGGAGUCAGAAGAGAAAGGAGACCCUACCAAACCGUCUGGAUUUAGGAGCGUCAAAGCCCCCACCACAAAGGUGGCCUCAUCCAUCGGGAAUGCCCAGAAGCUGCCCAUGUGUGAGAAGUGUGGAUCUGGCAUUGUAGGGGUGUUUGUGAAGCUCCGGGACAAGCAGCGUCACCCCGAGUGCUACGUGUGCAGCGACUGCGGCACCAACCUCAAGCAGAAAGGACACUUCUUCGUGGAAGACCAGAUCUACUGCGAGAAGCACGCGCGGGAGCGGGUCGUCCCCCCGGAGGGCUACGAGGUGGUCACCGUCUUCCCCAAGUAACGCGCGCUGCUCACACAAGGCCGGCGGGGAUGGCUUCUCCGCUGCUGCUUUUCCUUGGAAAGCAUCAUCCCUGCUCCCCAAAAUACCAUUUGCAAUAAGGAAUGCUAGGCAUGGCUUUGGGUUUCCUCGCCGUUAUUAAUCCUCCGUCUGUUCACAUGAGAUGUCACUAAUUGUUCAACAUUCUUUUUGUCUCCUCUUUCACUGUUUGGGUUUGGUUUUGUUUUUUUUUUUUUUUCAUACACAGAAUUAUAUUUUUUUUUCCCCUCCUUCGCGCCCAAUCGCACAGGAAAAUCAAGAGGCCAAAGCCAGAGAUUACAAUUCUGUCUCCCGGUUAUUUUGCCUUCUGUUUGCAUCCAAUAAACGGGGUGAAUCCA